AAUGAACUCUUCUGGCAUAGACGCCAUAUUGGACUAAGUUUAAACCGCGAUUUUUUUUAACAGGAAUCUUUCUCACUUAUAAAAGAAGACUUUCGUUAAAAAAAAUAUUAGAAACUCUGAUUGUAAUGAAAAUAUAUACGUAAUAUAAUAAUAUAAUAAUUUUUAUUGACAUAAUGCGUUAAGAGAAAUAUUAAAAUUCCAUCGCGAUAUUAUCAAAAGUCCGAACGUUUAUUAGUCCGAACGGAACAAAACAUCCUGUCAUUGUCGUCAAUGUCAAGGAUAACUGUGUGUCGUUAAAGGUAUGGCAAAGUAAGAAGCUACUAAAUAAUUAGACGUUAAAAGGAAAGCGGUAUUUUGAAAUACGACUGCUUUUACGUGGUAAACUCGGAAAGUAUUCGGCAACAUCCUGCGUCUCGAACGUGUUGCCAUUUCCCGCGAUAAUUUUAUGAUAAUAGACGUGAUAACGAACGGUUCUAAAGUGUACGUAUAUGAUGGAAUCCAAACGAAGCAACGCACCAACAAUAACUACGUCGUCCGUCGCCGUCGGAGCGACGGACCAGCCGAGAACGAUCGUCUCAUCGACAACUUUGUCGCCUUUCUACCGACCUAACAUGACGCCGGAUAAACAAAGUUGCCAUUCUAUUGUUUAUUGUCGAAUUUGUCACGAAGAGCAACAAAAUGGAUCGCAGGUGUUCGAGGAUCCCGAUGCUCGAAGUACAGGAAGAUGGCGAGGAGAAACUGGUUUAUUGGCGACCCCGCCUGAUGGACGUUUCACGAAGCAAAACGUGGGUCCUGUUAAGUUCGAAAUGCCGAAGGUUCCGGUCAUUUUUGUGCUCGGCGGUCCAGGUAGUGGUAAGGUGACACACUGCGAUAAUCUAAUGCAAGAGAGGAAAGGCAUAACACAUAUCAACAUGAUGGAUCUCCUUCAACAAUAUGCACUUGGAAACGAUAUGCAAGAUUUCGGUCAACUCAGCAGUAAAACCGUAUCGGAAGUUCUCAUGCUCGAAAUGAAAAUGUCUCCAGAGGCCAAAGUUUUUCUUGUCAGUGGAUAUCCCAGAAAUAUGCGGGACGUAGUCGAAUACGCCGAAAAGAUAAAAAUCGUCAAUGGUGUAAUCCUCGUCUCAUGGAGACAGGAAGUCCUCGAAAGACAAAUCGAUUUUGGAGCUCAACUCGGUCACGUAAUUAUUGGAUUAGCAAGGAUGGAAUUACAUAAUUUCUAUAGAAAUGUUAUGCCUGUUGUGGAAUACUUCGAUCAAAGUGGAAUGUUAUAUGAGGUAAACGGAGAACGAAAUCCUAAUGAAGUUUUCAUUGAUUUCCGAGAAGCUGUUAUGAAAAUUUUAGGAUUACCGACUACAGAUGAGGAAGAAAAGAAAAUGGCCCAAUCAUUAGAGGCAGAAGUAAAGGUAGAAAGGAGAGAAGAAGCAAUUUCUAGAACACCAACGCCAAAAGAUCAUACGGUUGUAGUCGAAAUGACUGAGCCACCUAUUGAAACAGAUACGAAAGCAUCUAAAACCGCGGUAAAACCUCGGAAAGGAUUACCAGCUUUUAUAUGGAUAAUAGGUGGACCAGGUAGCAAUAAAGCAGUAUUGUGCAGUCAUGCUAUUCAAAAUAUGCCAGGAUGGGUUCAUGUGAGUAUCGGUGGUUUGUUAAGAGGAAUGGCAUCAACGAAUACGACUGUUACUGAGGCAAUAGUAGCUGGUGAAAUGGUAUCCCAAGAUAUUGUGAUGCCAUUGGUCGAACAACAAGUUCUUUUGAAUCGUGACACAGAUGGUAUAAUCAUUGAUGGAUAUCCAAGAGAUUUGAACCAAGUUCAAGAAUUCGAGAACAAAUUUGGGCAGGAACCGCCGUUAGUAUUAUUGGAUUGUUCGAAGCUUCAACUUGGUAAAGGUAGAUUAGAUGACAGUGUAUCAGCUUUCAGAAAAAGAUUAGAACUCUUUCGAGAAAUGUCAUUGCCGAUGUUGAAAACACUGGAUAAUGAAAACCGAUUAGUAAUCAUCGAUGGUGACACAGACGUGCCAAGUGUAAAAGAGGAUUUCUCGCAAGCUUUGUUUCAACUGACGCGACGUGUUCGACGAAAAGAGGAGGAUAAUCCACGUGGACCAGAAUCGCCAAAGCCGCAAGAAAAUGGUGACGAUAUAGACUCAAACUUACCAAUCCCCGAUGACAUCAAUGGGACCCAGGAAACAGAAGAGCAGAGACGUAGUCAUAAUAUAGCGAAUGGUUUCGCUAGGCAUAUGAUUAACAACGGUGUAUCUGAUCAAGUGAGCAAGACGAUAAAUAAAGUGGAAAACUUAAAUGGCGUCGUAGUUCAAGGUGUCACCAACAUGACGAAUGGCGUGCUCAACAAUGCAAAAAGGAUGAAUCAAAAUGGUGGGAUCCAACAAAAUGGUGGGAUUCGACAAAAUGGUGGGAUCCGACAAAAUGAUGGGAUCCGACAAAAUGGAAUAACCAAUGGAACGACGCAUAUGUUACAAAAUGGUGUGGCGCACUUGGCGAACGGAAUAAUUCCUGGUAAUAAUAAGGUAGCACCGAGUAUACAGAAUUAUUUAUCUAACAAUACGAAAGAUCCCUUGAGAAAAAUGUACAACGAGGUGGAAGGAUACCAAGAAAAUCUCCACAUAUAACGUUACGAAGAAUACGCAAAGAAUAUCGCCUAAUUCCUAACGUAGUAGAUAAAUCUAUAUAUAUAUAUAUAUAUAUAUAUAUAUAUAUAUAUAUCCGAUAUUCGCAUAAAAUCGCAAAGAAAUUAUUGAGAAUUAAAAUCCUAUCGUAUACGUGCCUUAUAAUAAAAUUUUAUAGAUAAAAUAAUGCUGUGAAAUGCAUUAGUACAUGGCUUUUUAUACGCACUGAUAAUCUGUAAAUAAGAUUUAAAUGAAGAUAAAUCCUCAGAGAAAAAAGAAAAAUAUCUAUAUUAACAAUUCUUGCAUGAUUAAUUAUAUUUAAAAAUCGUCAUAGUCUCAUUUAUGUUGCAAUAAAUAAAAAAACAUAUAUAUUUACAUACAAUAUUAAUUAUUUCUAAUUUUACAUAAUGGCAUUAAAUCUUAUAAUCUCAUAAUAUGUUUUAACUAUCUUUUUAUAGAUUAUCAUUAUGCGAUUUUUCUAUGCACUUUAAAUGAAAUAACUCCAUAUAUUUAUUAAUAUUAUCUCGUAUACUUAUAUUCGUACCGCACUUUUUAUGAAAAUAUUUUCGUCAAUCGAUAACGGUUAAACAGUCAAAUAAUCUUCAUAUCUUAGCGCGAUUAUUCGUGAUAAAAAUAAUGAAAGAACCAUAAACCAGUUAUAAUGAUUAUAAUAAUACACAUCAUAAAAGGAAAAUUGAUAUAUUAAUGUUAAAUAUAUUGAUAUAUUAAAAAUAUAUAUAAUGAACUAUUUACGACUUUCUUUUUAAUACGGUCGUAAGGUUCAGUUAACUAUGCGAAGGUACAAUAAUAGUUUUCUAAAUAUAAUUGCAUAUUACAUAGGUAUUUUUUCGUAAAAGACACGUGCGACUGGUACCCCCAAGUGUGUCAAAUUAAUACUCGUAUAUAGAAGUACAUAAUUUGUUAAAAAAAAAAAAGAAGAAAGCAGGAAAAGAAAAAAAUAAAAAAAAAAUAAAUA